GCCCUCGAACGGAAAGCACUUGAGGCUUCAGUCACGGCUAGCCUGGCCUUCGGAGAAUAUGUCCGGAGAAUGGAGCAGCUUCGCCUCCGGAAGGCGGAAGACGAUGAGGCCCUCAAGAGGCUUGUCAUCAAGAACACCGAGGCCAUCAGGAAGAUGGCUGAGCUGGAGGAGGCCCUGAGGCAGGCGGGCGACAAGCUGGAGGCCGCGAGGGUGGAGGCUCGCACCGAGGGGAAGGCUGAAGCGGAGAAAGCCGCUGCCGAGGCCACAAAGCAAGCAGCCGAGGAAGCUGAGAAGGCCAAGGCUGAGGCCGCGGCCAAGGCUAGGGAAGACGACAUUGCUUCCUUCCUCGCCGAGGGAUGGAAAACCGAGGAGCACAAAGAAUGGGUAGCCUCGGUCAUCAAGCAGGGUGUUGAUGCUUGGGUGAAAGGCCCCGGGUCUGAAUGGAUGGCCCUGAAGGGCAAAGAUUACUUCGACGGGGGCGAGUUCUUCACUCAGCGUCUCAUCUACCGGAAGCUGGCGGAGCACUUAAAAAUUCCCAAGGACAAAUUUGACCCCUCGGCCUAUGGUCUCCCCCCUCGGCAGCCUGAUGUGAGGGUCCCCCUUCCGGAGGGAGAGGAGAGGGUCCAACUCGCGGACUCUGAGCUGAUGAGGGAGUACAACUUGGCUGAUGAUGAAGAGGAGAUUGAGGAUGAUGCUACUUCAAAGGCUAAGGAAGACGCAACUGGGAGCGCCCAAGUUUGAUGCUGCUUUGAAAUUUUUGACUUGUAAUAGCUCAUAGGCUUCGACCAAUUGUAAACAAGCAUCCUUGUUAAUACUCUGUUUCGUUUUUUCAAUGAAUGUGAUAUGCCUCCGGGCUUCUUUAAUGAGUGGUUGCCCUCGUUUGAUAGUAUUAGCCUUCGCCUUUGAAUGUAUGCUCUCGCUUCUUUUUGUAUUUGCAUAUGAGUGAUUUUUCCUUUCUUGAAUGAAUGUUUGCUUUCCCGGAGGCCACAAAUUUG